GGGCGGAGCCCCCGGAAGCGUCUUCGCGGACCCAGCGCAACAGGCGGCGCCCAGGGUCUGAGCCGGAGCUGCAGGCGCGCGCGGGAUGGACAAGCUGAAGAAGGUGCUGAGCGGGCAGGACACCGAGGACCGGAGCGGCCUGUCCGAGGUUGUUGAGGCAUCGUCGUUAAGCUGGGGUACCAGGAUAAAAGGCUUCAUCGCAUGCUUUGCUGUAGGAAUUCUCUGCUCACUGUUGGGAACUCUUCUGCUAUGGGUGCCCAGGAAGGGACUCUACCUCUUUGCAGUGUUUUACACCUUGGGGAACAUCGCAUCAAUUGGGAGCACUAUCUUCCUCAUGGGUCCCAUGAACCAGCUGAAGCGCAUGUUUGAGCCCACACGGCUGAUUGCGACGGUCCUGGUGCUGUUGUGCUUUACGCUUACCUUGUGUUCUGCCUUUUGGUGGCAUAACAAGGGACUUGCGCUCAUCUUCUGCAUUUUGCAGUCUUUGGCCUUGACGUGGUAUAGCCUUUCCUUCAUCCCAUUUGCAAGGGAUGCUGUGAAGAAGUGUUUCGCUGCAUGUCUUGCAUAACACACUGCCAGUUUUCUAAAGCUCUGAAGGCACCGUGACUGGAAGCUGGUGGUCAGCUUUGUAAAUAUCCUCUCAACCUCUGUCUUACAGACCUGUGCCUUUUAUCUCACACUAGUGUGUUGCAACUUGAGCAUUUGAAGGUCGCCUUUCAAGCAACAGUAGGUUCCCAAAACCAGUGUCUAAUACCAUAGGAGAGGUAGGUUCUGUGUCUUACAGAGCAGAAUCUUCCUCUGCCACUGUUUUCCCUUGGGAUGCUGAAUUCUCCAAAAUAAGAGCUUGCUCAACAGCAGGAGCCAGUGGCUCCCAGGUGGAAACAGGCAACUCCAUCACAGAUUACAGGGGUGCAGCAGUAAAGGACAGAAUUUUGGGGUCAAUAUGGGACUUUGAUAAUUGUCCCUCAGCAUGGAGGCCACCACCGCCCUCCUCAGCAUGCUGCUACCCUGGUGUCUGAGAGCAAGGGAUUCUGCCCACUCCAGGCUGGGAGGAGCCUGACCAAGUGACGCGUAGAAAAUAACACGUCUGGGUGAUUUGUGUUCUUUUCUAAUGUGGAUCUAGGGUCUCCUGCAGUUUGGAAACACACCUGACUGUGGAGUGUGUUUUCUGGUGUAGAGCACAGAAACUUUCUGUUGCCCCAUGCCCCACCCAUGCACGCACAUCUUUGUGACUUCCUGACCCUAGAUUGAAAGAGAACAAAGCCACAGAAAACACUGCUCCUUCCUUUCGGACAAGAGCUGAAAGGAGGUGAAAAAUCUUGUUGCUCCCUCCUGUACUUUACUCUCUUCAUUAUUUAUAAAUAUUUGCUUUCAAAUGGUAUUUUCUAUCCUUCCCUGGAGUGGGGCCAGGGCAGAGUGGGUGGGAAGACGGAUCACUGGUGUGGGCCAGCAGGAGUGGCUGCCUUUGCCCUUGGCCUUGGAACAGUCCCAGCAUUUGACCUCAGGCUGUGAGGACACUCAUCUGAAGAUGGUCAAUCCUACCCUGAUGCCUGGCCUCAUACACAGUGCUUUUCUGUCCCCAACCUUACCUGGCUGCCACAAGACUCUUCCUCUUGGAAGAGCUGACUUUGGAAGCCGAGACUUACGAGGAAGCAAGGGUUGUCACCUUGCUGUGCAGUCAAGGAAACUAAGGCCUGCGUUUGUCUCCAUGUCCACCCAAAGCCACAGCUGGCCAAGUUGAGCCCCGAGCCCGUGGACCACAGUUUAGCCUCCUUUGUGGUUGUUUCUUGGCACAUUUCUGGACAUGCCAGGUAACCUCUUGUUGCCAUCAUCCUUGUUUGUGCCUUUUCUGGUUCUUGUCUUUACGUUUGCUUGUGCCAUCUCCUACCUGCUCUUGCCUCUACCUCCUUUUUUGGCAGCUGCCUCCUGGGUUUGCAGAGGGUUCAUUAUUCUCGUGUUCCUUUUUAGCUGCUCCACUGAGGUGAGUUUUUUGCAGAUGGGCACAACUUGCAGCUGCAUGGAAACACUGGUGGUUGAGCUCCUUGCCCUGGGCCUUGUUCUGUGAGCUUGGCAUUGGGAGGGUCCCUGCCCUCCAGAUGGGUUCCUGCAGCCUCUCUGCCUUUGCCACAUUCCAAUCUUGCUUGCUGGCUGCCUGCCAGAUUAGGAACUAACUCACUGAUUCUCAUCUGCCUCACAUCUGCCUCACUAGCUGAAAGGCUUCUCCUUUUGCAGAAUGAGCUCAGGAGGAGCCUUUGCUUUUCCUGCUUCUCCGUGUAGCUUGACCCAGCUCAAGGUGUCUCGUUUCUGGGAAGGGUGAAACACGGCCCCAGGUUUAGCAUUUUCCUGGUGUGGUGAUCUCAGUGCUGGAACAUCUGAUCAUCACCCUUGUAUGGUGACUUUGGGCAGUAUCUGCCUGACUGCCACUUCCCUUUCACCUAAUCACUAUAUGCUGAGAGAACAAGAAAUAAAACCAUGAAAUGCAUUCCCAAUGAAAUUAUUUUUGAUACUGUCCUUAGAAUAAUAAGUGGAACAUACCUUUAAAAAGUGUGGAAAAUUUGGCUUCUGCUUCUGCAACCUCAGUGAUGAGAAAUAGUGAACUGGAAAAUUGAAGCACCACACUGUGUCUAGACUUCGUAUCCUACGGGGCAGCAGACACCAGGCCUUCUUUACCUUCUCCUUUGUCAGAUAACUUCUGACUGGAGUCAGCUGCAGAAUUGUGAAUACUAUAAAAUUCAAAGCCUCGCUUAAAAUGUUGAUAAAGUUAAAGGUGUUUAAAGGAGAAAGUUAAAGGUGUUUAAAGGUAUUUGAAGCCAUUUGCUAGAACUUUUGGCAUACUUUCUAACAUUUAAACAUCCAGGAUGGAUGUUUUUGGUACAUUUAACAUGUAGUAAUUUACAGAUAACAUUUUAAAAAAAUGAAUAGAACUUCAGUGGAAAUUAAAUGCAGAUUAUGUCUAUGUAACUCCUGAUAUUUAAAAAAAAAAAAACAACCCACCAGAAGUCUAAAUUGUUUGGAAAUGUUUAUUAAAAAUAACAGGUGGUCUUAAAGUAUCUCCAGACUCACACUUUUGUGAAGUUCUGAGAUCUUGUGUGUUUUCAGUCUGGUGAAGAAGAGAGUGGUGCGUACUUGAUCCCAGGUCGCUCAACACAGUACUUGGUUCCACUUUGGUCAUUUCCAGUUCUGCCCUGGAUGCAUAGGUGACACUCAACACCUGAUACUCAAGCUUUGCUCUUGGCUCCUUAGGUUUCUGCUGCCGUGAGGUGGAUGGGGCGUAGCGGAGCCUUUGUUAAUGCAAACUGACAAAAUUAAAUCACACCCUUGCCAGCAGGAGUUGGUAAUUAAUUGACACUAGACUUAGAAAUAUACGAAAUUAUUUUCUAGCAACUUCCAGUUUUUGUCUUUGGUGCUAGAGAUGGAACCCAGGGCCUUGUGCAUGCUAGGCAAGCGCUUAACCACUGAGCCACACCCCCAGCCCCUGAAAAUGGUUUUCUGUAGAUAGGCUGGUCUGUAACAAGGGAAAAACCAGUCUAGUAGACAGGGAAAACGUUGCUAGUUGGAGUAGAAGUUCGUCCCACAGCAUUGUAAGCAAUAAUGAUGCAUAUAUUCACAAUAAAGUAAUGCUGCUACGUUAAUGAACAGCGGGCCGAAAAGCAAAGCAACAAGAAAAGGACACACUGUCGAAUCUUUGUGAAGCAUCCUUUGAGAUAAAAAGGAGGUUGGAAUUGGGGCGAGUGUUGUGCCUGCAGAAGGUCCCUGCUACAGCAGGAAGUUAGCCUGGGCGAAGUGCAAAUGAACUUUUUGUUUGCGUAGUGUCCUAAAGAGCUAUAGUUUACAUUCAGUUUUGUGGUCUUUCUGCUAUGAAAAGUGUUCAUUUUAUCUUUUUUCCCCAAUAUAUUGCUUGACGUAACAAUCUGGAACAAGAAAAGGAAAAAGAUAACCCUCUGAAUUUUGAUCUUAUUAAAAGCCUACGGUGAAUUUGUACAUGGUGCCUAUUGAAUAUGAUGAGCUUUUAAAACACUUCGUUAAAAUAUGAGUCAAUUUUUAUAAUUGUGUACAUACAACUAAUUUUGAGCACUACUGAUUGCAUAAUACAAUUUUUGUAUCACAAAAUAUAUUCUUGAGUACUGUUUGUCCUACCUUGCGAAUCUCUUUCAUAAAUUGUUUUCUUUUUACUUAUUUCAAAGAGAAUGUUGCUGAUAAUUAAGCUGUCUCUCCCCUCUCUCCUAUCACAAUUAUUAUUUUGUGCUUUUUUCUCCUCUAAUAAAUGAUAGUAUAAUAAUCUUUAAUAAA